AUGGAAUCUGAAAAUAGUUCUCCAACAAAGUCCUCUUCUAAUGGGAAUAGUCUGUAGCAGGAUUACAAGAACUUGGUAAACUUUAUGAAGAGAGUCUCAUUGACACAUCAAGAUUAAGAUGAGAGUGAAACUCACUCUAACUUCAGGUAGAAACUGAUACCACAGGUCAGACCUUCCAAAGAGGGGUGCAAGAUAGAGCUUCCCACGGGAGAGAAAGUUGAGAUACCAAUCUUAGAAGGUACAGUUGGACCAAAGUCCAUUGAUGGCAGAGGUUUCUUUGAGAAGACAGGUCUAUACACAUACGACCCAGGCUUCACCUCGACUGCCAGUUGUGUAUCAGCAAUUACUUAUAUUGAUGGCGAUCUCGGAUAAUUAUGGUAUCGAGGAUACUCCAUUGAUUAAUUGGCUGCCAACUGCACCUUUAUUGAGACUUGCUUCCUUCUGUUAUAUGGGGAACUCCCUUCCUAGAGACAACUAGAUGAGUUUGAGAACAGAGUUAAGGAUGAGAUGUUGGUUCAUGAGAAGAUUAAAGAUUUUUACAAAGGAUUUAGUCCAAAUGCUCACCCAAUGUCUAUUAUGUGCGGAAUCGUAGGAGGGCUCAGUUCUUUCUAUCAUGAGGCAGUAGAUGUCACUGAUCCCAAACAGAGAGAGCAAUAUGCAAUCAAGUUGAUUGCUAAGAUGCCUACUCUAGCUGCUAUUGCCUUUAGAACAAGCAAGGGCCUGCCAAUAAUUCCUCAAGUCAUGGUUGAUGCUCUAGAUAAAAUACUCAUUCUACAUGCUGAUCACGAGCAAAAUGCAUCUACUUCAACAGUUAGAAUCACAGGUUCAUCAUUAGCUAAUCCUUUUGCCUGUAUUUCAUCAGGUAUUGCUUCUCUUUGGGGACCAGCUCACGGUGGAGCAAAUGAGGCUUGUCUCUAGAUGCUCGAUGAGAUAGGCUCAACUGAAAACAUUCCUAAAUACAUUGCCAUGGCUAAAGAUAAGAACAGUUCCUUCAGAAUUAUGGGGUUCGGUCAUAGAGUCUAUAAGAAUUUCGAUCCAAGAGCGAAAGAAAUGCAAAAGAUGUGUCAUAGAGUACUCUAAGAAUUAAACAUCUCGAAUGAAGGACUAUUCGAACUGGCUAUUGAAUUAGAGAAGGCAGCACUCUCUGACUAGUACUUCAUCUCGAGAAAGCUCUACCCUAAUGUGGAUUUCUAUUCAGGUAUUGUGCUCCAAGCCUUGAAGAUCCCAAGAGAUAUGUUCACAGUCAUUUUCGCACUAGCUAGAUCUAUCGGCUGGAUUACUUAAUGGAAUGAAAUGAUGUCAGAGUCAAUUGUUAAAAUCGGUAGACCCAGAUAACUCUAUGUGGGGAAUAAAAAGAGAAAGUAUAUGGAUAUUAAAAAUAGAGUCAGUUUUGAUUUGUUCUGA